CGACGACGUCAUGGACACCCCCACGGCGAGGGACUCCGUCGAUCUGCGGCGGUCCAUGGACGCGGAGUUCAUGUACGUCCGGUCGCAGGAGGACCUCCUCGCGGCGACGAAGCUGAACCCGACGCCGACGACGGUCCCGCCGCCCAUCGGCGCGCUCGCCGGGAACAUCGGCGAACGCCACGUCCUCAUCUUCCUCGGGCUCCCGCUGGUUGGAAAACGCACGAUAGCCCUGCGUUUAAAGCGGUACCUCCGGUUCUUCCACGGCGCGCGCUGCAGAGCGUUCGACAUCGCGAAGAUCGGCGGGCUGGUCGGGACGAUGAACCCCGACCGCGCGACGUCGCCGACGCCGCCCGACUCCAACGCGCACUCGGUCGAGUUCUUCGAGAAGCUCCGAAGCUUCUUGGAGUCCACGGACGAGAACAGCUCGCCGAGCCAGCGGAAGAGCUCCGACGGCUCGCGUCGCUCUCCGCGACGUCGAAGACGAAGACGCGCGUGAAGACCAUAUUCAUCGAGGUGACGCUCACGAAGGAGAGCCUGGUGAACGAAAUCUUAGCGCAGAAGCUCGCGCGGGACGUGCGCGAGGGAAGAAUAAACGGCGGCGCGGACGGCGCCGUCGAGGCGGCGGCGGCGGCGUGGCGCGAGAAAGUGCUCGAGUUCAAGAAGCUCUACGUCACGCUCCAGAACGACGGCAGCGAGGACGACCUGUCGUACAUCAAGCUCAUAAACUACGGCGAGAAGGUGCUGACGAAUAACAUGCGCGCGUACCUCCCGCAGCGGAUCGUGCAGUUCCUCACCGCGACGCACCCGACGAAGCACACGAUUUAUCUGUGCCGGCACGGCGAAAGCGAGUACAACACGACGGGGCGACUGGGAGGGAACUCGCCCAUCACCGAGCGCGGGUGGGUCUUCGCGGAGAUCCUCGCCAAGUUCGCCGCGAGGCACAUAUCGAACCUGCGCGACGGGGAUCCGGAUGGCGCGUCGAUCGCGGCGAGGCUGUGGACGUCGUCGAUGCUUCGAACGAUUCAGACGGCGUCGCUGAUCCCGCAUCCGACGCUGACGCCGCCGAACGGGGCGCCGUGGGAGAGCAUGGCCCCGCGGAUCUAUCGAAACAUCGACGAGAUCUUCGCCGGGGACUGCGAGGGGUUGACCCCGGAGGAGGUCGCGGCGACGCACCCGCAGGCGUCCUACUUGAGGAAGAUGGAUAAGAUCGGGUAUAGGUACCCGCGGGGGGAGUCGUACUUUGACCUCAUCUCGCGCCUGGAGCCGUGCAUUCAGGAGAUGGAGAGCUACAACGAGCCGCUUCUGAUCGUGUCGCACCAGGCGAUCUUGCGGUGCAUCUUCGCGUACCUCACGGGCGUGGACAGAGAGAAGGCGCCCGGGAUGGAGACGCAAAUUCAGCAAAACGUCGUGUACCAGAUCGACCUGGACGCGUCCUCGGAGCAACACGUCACCGGGGACGAGAAGCGGCUGCCCGCGUUUGUCACCGUGCACGACUUCAGGGACGAGGUGGAGCGGACGAUGCGGGAGCGGCGGGGCGGGGGGUCGAGGGAGGAGGACGAUAAGGUCGCGGGCGUGUUAUGACGCGACGCGCGUCGUCGUGAUUAUGAUUGAUGUAUGAUGCGUCGUAUUUUAGCCGUAGGCGUGUAUGUAUGACUAUGCGUGUAUCGC